AUGCCGUACUCAGACUUGCCUCCUGAGAUUAUCCGCCACAUUGCCUCCUUCUUCAACCUCGACUUUUAUCCAAACCCCUACUGGCGAAAGAAUGACGGCAGGCACUUUAUCGCCUGGCUGCAAACAUCCAAGUCCCACGCCACAAUCCUAACUCCCAUCCUGUAUGACCACGCACUCCGCUUGACGCCAGAACUGCAAAAGCGGGAUCUGACCACAAAAUCACGCCUCUGGUGGGGAAAUGCAGACCGACGUCUUAGGAUAAUCUGGGAGAAUGCACCUGCGUGGAUGUCAGCGUCACUCACCGAAUACUUCCUGGCCAGGGUCGACCGGUUGUUCGCCGACUACCGUGUUAUCAAAUGGGAUAAUUACUUGAAUUACCGUGCAAACUUGCCCGAUGUUCCCCCCAGAGCCACUAUAUUGGCUAUGCUAGUCAAAGUGAAGGCUCACUACAUGCUGACGACUUUGCUUGCUCAGGACAGUGUCAGAAAGAAGUACAUCCAGCCCGCCAACCCGGACCUCCGCACGACCUUGAGUAUAGCGACUAACAACGACGAUUUAGACACAACCAGGGUGCUACUAGGGUCGGGUGCAGAUCUUGGUCGCAGUGAGACUGUCCUAGAAUACUCACUGCUGCGUCAAGCGCUUACUAUGGGCGUCUCAUGGCAACUUUUUGAUGCUCUUCUAGCAGCUGGCGCUACUGUCGAGAUCAGAGACAGCGAUCAUGGAUACUCACUGCUGCACCACGCACUUACUAUGGGCGUCCCAUUGGAACUCUUUCAUGCUCUCCUAGCAGCAGGCGCUCCUGUCAAUAUCAGAGACCGCGAUCAAGGAUACUCACUGCUGCACCACGCAGCGGCUAAGGGCUGUUCCAUCCAAAUUGUGGAGGCUCUUAUUGCGGCAGGGCUGGAUGUGAAUGACAGAGUUGGGGUUCUAGGGCACUCACCAUUGCACUACGCAGCAGCUCAGAGCAUCUCUAUGGAGGUUGUUGAGGCUCUUAUUACAGCAGGGGCAAAUGUCUGGGCGAAGGGGGAUCUUCCUAAUGAUAUAUACCCAAUCCAUUCUGCUCUCAUGGUGACUGGACAGCCGGCAGCAGGUUCAAUCGCAGAGACACUUUUGAAGGUAAUGCUGGAAACGGAACAUCAAACCUCGGCGGUGGAUUGGAAACUCGAUCUGCUGCGUUACGCCCUCGACAAGGCAAGGAACCACGACUGCGAACUCGCUGGGGUAUCUCGAAUCCUUGUUGAAGACGGUGUGGAUAUUUUUGCCAAGGAUACCAAGGGGAUGUCGGCCAUGGACUUGGUUGACCUUCACCUCACUACAAGGUCAGACGAGUCCUCGGAGCGUGCUGCAUUUAGAGGACAAGAGCUUGCCGCUGCCUUACUUCAGGCGGAUCCUCACCUUUGGCCGCAGGGCCACAUUAAUCGCCGAUUGUGGGAAGCCUCGCGAAAAGGACCAGUUUUACCGAGCCACAUCAGCUUAUUCGCAAAUCUGAUCCGAUAUGGAGAGUCCGCAAUGGAAUUUGUUGAUUGGGAUAGGUCCACAGCGCUCCAUUAUCUUUGUGACCUUAGUCCCAUGGCUCCAGACAAAGACGAAGAUCUCCAAAAUGUCCUUCAAAUGAUCACCCUUCUAUUAGAUUGCGGGGCCAACGUAUACGCGGAAAACUCAGAAUAUCUAACCCCCCUCCACCUGGCAGACAUGUGCAAGUGGCCGAGACUUAUCCGUGUGCUCCUUCGAAAUGGACCCGACGAGCCCCUCCCAGCUAUCCCUCCUCCGGCCAAGGGUCCAUCAGUUGAUACUGACUCAAGAGGUGGGAAGCGAAGACUCGUUAAUUUUUUAUUAGCCCAGGGGCGAAGACUUGGUUGGCAGCGUGAUGUGCGCGGCCGCUUACAGUCAGGUGAAGGUGUCUGGGGCCCGGUUGAAGAUGAAGACGAAGGAUGA